AUGGCAGAAGGGCAAAUAAUUAAAGUGUCAUCAGAUUGGGCCCCUGGCGAGCGUCUUUCCCGACACGGCAAUCGACUCGCGGGCGGGUUGGGCGACGGGUCGAGGAGAUUCUAUGCCAGGUAA